AUGGAUGAUAAAUGGCGGAACGGUUUACUAUUCGCCUACUCUGAAUGCCAUUCGAUUUUCGCUUCGGCCAAUCCCAGCUUCAUUCCUUAUCGCGCUCGCGGCAAUGAUGGGUGAGAAUCAAUCGGCGGAGUUGGCGCCGGCUUGCGGACGCCGUUCUUCGACCUCACCGCCUACAGCGAUUGGCCGCAGUUCGAGGAUUACAUCAAAGCGGUCGCGCAGGACAAUCCGUCGUUUGUGCAACUGCGCACCAUUGGUAGAUCAAGAGAAGGACGGCCGCUUCUUGGAUUGAAGAUCGGAAAACCGGCGCAAGACGGGCGCCGCAAAAUCGCGACAUGGCUCGACGGCGGAAAUCACGCGCGCGAAUGGCCAGCGUUCCACGUGGCCGUCUAUUUCAUCGAGAAGCUCGUCAACGGCUACAAAAUCGAUGAGAAAAUCACGAAGUACGUCGAGACGCUCGACAUCUAUGUGUUUCCGGUGCUGAAUCCCGACGGAUUCGUUUAUUCGAGAACGUCGAAACGGGCGAUGAUUCGACAAUGGCGAAAGAAUCGCGCGCCGGAGAAUUGCACCGGAACCGGCGGAUUCCAUCAGACCGACAUUUGCUGCGUCGGUGUGGACCUCAAUCGAAAUUACGAUAUCGGAUUCAGCCAAGAGAACUAUCCAUUCAAUAAUCCGUGCUCCGAUGAGUUCCAAGGUCCCUAUCCGUUCUCGGAGCCCGAAUCGCGAGCGGUUCGCGACUUUGUCAUGUCGGCCGAAAUCUACGGACGCCUCUACGCUUUAGUCUCCCUUCACACGCACGGCCAACUCUGGAUUUUGCCGUAUAACUACCAUAAAAGGACGUAUCCGCAAGAUUUCAAAGAAUUGGAGGAUCUUGCCAAUAAGGCGGCCGAUAAAGUGUUCGCUUAUCGCGAGACCCGAUAUCGCGUCGGGACCGCCGCCGACAUGCUCGGAACGGCGACGGGUGGCGCGACGGAUUGGAUCAAGAAAAACACGCCGACGAAAUAUGUCUACGUUCUCGAAUUGCCGCCGGAUAUGAAGACGUGGUUCGCAUUCCAGGUGAAGCCUCAUUGGUUGAUUCCGAUUGGAAAAGAGACAUGGAUUGGGAUUGAGGUAAUUUUGGAUCAAGUCAUCGAAGAAACUAAAGAUUUGGCGCCAACCGUCGAAUCGACGGCCAAUAAUUGA